AUGGCUGACAAAGGUCUUGAGGACGUGCCCGAGGGCCAGAUCGAGUCCAACUACGAUGAGAUCACCGACUCGUUCGACAACAUGAACCUCAAGGCUGAGCUCCUCCGUGGAGUCUACGCCUACGGUUUCGAGCGCCCCUCUGCUAUCCAGCAGCGCGCCAUCAUGCCCGUCAUCAAGGGCAACGAUGUCAUCGCCCAGGCCCAGUCCGGUACCGGUAAGACGGCUACCUUCUCCAUCUCGACCCUCCAGAAGAUCGACUCCAACGUCAAGGCCUGCCAGGCGCUCAUCCUCGCCCCCACCCGCGAGCUCGCUCAGCAGAUCCAGAAGGUCGUUGUCGCCAUCGGUGACUUCAUGGACGUCCAGUGCCACGCCUGCAUUGGUGGUACCAGCGUCCGUGACGACAUGAAGGCCCUCCAGGACGGCCCCCAGGUCGUUGUCGGUACUCCCGGCCGUGUCCACGACAUGAUCCAGCGUCGUGUCCUGAAGACCGACCACAUGAAGAUGUUCGUCCUCGACGAGGCCGACGAGAUGUUGUCUCGCGGUUUCACCGAGCAGAUCUACGACAUCUUCCAGCUGCUCCCCCAGUCCACCCAGGUCGUCCUUCUCUCCGCCACCAUGCCCCAGGACGUCCUCGAGGUCACCACCAAGUUCAUGCGCGACCCCGUCCGUAUCCUUGUCAAGAAGGACGAGCUUACCCUUGAAGGUAUCAAGCAGUUCUACAUUGCCGUCGAGAAGGAGGACUGGAAGCUCGACACUCUGUCCGACUUGUACGAGACCGUCACCAUCACCCAAGCUGUCAUCUUCUGCAACACCCGCAGGAAGGUCGACUGGCUCACCGACAAGCUCACUGCCCGUGACUUCACUGUCUCGGCCAUGCACGGUGACAUGGACCAGGCCCAGCGUGAUGUCAUCAUGAAGGAGUUCCGUUCCGGAUCUUCCCGUGUCCUCAUCGCCACUGACCUUUUGGCCCGUGGUAUCGAUGUCCAGCAGGUCUCCCUGGUCAUCAACUACGACUUGCCCGCCAACCGCGAGAACUACAUCCACCGCAUCGGUCGUGGUGGACGUUUCGGACGUAAGGGUGUUGCCAUCAACUUCGUCACCGCCGACGAUGUCCGCAUGAUGCGCGAAAUCGAGCAGUUCUACAGCACACAGAUCGAGGAGAUGCCCAUGAACGUGGCUGACCUCAUCUAA